AUCAGUUCCUUGGCUGCAAUGAAAAUUCCUCCAAAGAAACCUCAUUUUUUCAAACCUAUUAUGCCUGGUUUCAAGAAUGGAAUUAAUAUUCCUAAAGGUUUCUUGAAGUAUCUCAAGGGAUACGAGCAUAUUGAACACGCAAUACUAAAAAUAGAGGGCAAGAAAUGGCUGGUGAAAGUGAACGGCCGACGACUGGAAGAGGGCUGGAAAAAGUUUGCAAAGGAGCAGGAGUUGCAGUUAGGAUAUUUGUUGAUUUUCAGACAUGAAGGAAACAUGGAGUUUGAGGUUACAAUAUUUGAUUCAAGUCACUCUGACAGAGAAUAUGCAGAGUAUAUACAAAUACAAGAAGAGGAAGAAAAUGAGGUGGAGGAAGAAGAAGAAGAGAACGAGGACGAGAAGGAAGAGGAAAAAGAGGAGGAGAAGGAAGAAGAAGCAGCAGCUGCAGCAGCCCAUAUUCUCGAAGAGACUUCCAAGAAUUUUGAAUUCAAAGAAAAAUCGAGCCCCAGCAUCGAGUCAUCAGACACGACUUCCUCCGAUGCGGAAGCUGCUGCCCACAAGCCUUUUGGUCAUUCUCAUUUUGUAUAUACUAUUAGACCAUAUUGCUUUGCAUAUGGUUACUUGUGUGUCCCUAGACGUUUUGCAUUUGCAAACGGUCUCAUCACCAACAAAAAGUGCGGUUUGAUUAUAAGAGAUCAAAUGAAAAUUAAGUCGUGGAAUCUAAGGUUAAAUUCUUGCAAAAACCGAUUCUAUAUUGGAGAGGGAUGGCGUAAAUUCAGUGCUGAUAAUUGCUUGAAGGAGGGAGAUCGUAUUAUGUUUGAGGUUGUUACUAAUGGAGAGACACCUAUAUGGGAAUUUCAUGUUCUUACUGAUGCAGAAACUCCAAUGAGGAAGUUUCAGGAAAAAUCGAGCUCCAGCAUCGAGUCAUCAGAUACAUCUUCUUCUGAUUCAGAAGCUGCUGCCCACAAGCAUAUAGGUCAUUCUCAUUUUGUGUGCACACUUAGACCAUAUUGCUUUACAUAUGGUUACUUGGAUAUGAAGCGUUUAAUGAUGUGUGUAAAUGGUUAUGCACCAUGCCAGCGCGUUCCUAAACUUUUUGCACUUGCAAAUUGUCUUAUCAACAAGAAGUAUGAUUUGUCUAUAAGAGAUGAAAGGCAAAAGUCGUGGAAUUUAAAGCUAACUUCUUCUAGCGCUCAAGUCUUUAUUGGAGAUGGAUGGUGUAACUUCAUUGCUGACAAUUGCUUAAAGAAGGGAGACAGUAUUAGGUUUGAGGUUGUUACUGAUGGAGCGGCUCCUGUAUGGAAAUUUCAUGUAGUUACUGAUGCAGAAAAUCCUGUAACGAAAUUUCAGGGUAAAGUUUCUCAUCUAACCAGCCUCUUAUUUCUUUUUGAUGAUCUUUUCUAUUGUCAUAUGUACUACUAUUCUGUGUGGUAUUUAUGA